AUGGACGACUUGUGGCUGAAACAUCUGGACAAGUUUCACUUCAGUGGAGAAUGCGCAAAUAUGUUUGGAAGGUUGGCGAACUGUGUCCUGUUGAGGUGCAGAAAAGAGUUGCCUACACUGAUGACAUCACGAAUCUCUCGGAAUAACGUGAUGCUAUCUUGUUCCAGCCACUUUGAAAAAAUGACAGAUCUUGUAGCUGUUUGGGAAGUUGCCUUAAGUGAUGGUGUUCACAAGAUUGAAUUUGAACAUGGAACUACUUCAGGAAAAAGGGUCGUGUAUGUGGAUGGAAAGGAAGAGGUAAGAAGAGAAUGGAUGUUCAAACUUGUGGGCAAAGAAACAUUUAGUGUUGGAGCUGCAAAAACAAAAGCUACUAUAAACAUAGAUGCAGUCAGUGGUUUUGCUUAUGAAUAUACUCUGGAAAUUGAUGGGAAAAGUCUCAAGAAAUAUAUGGAAAACAGAUCAAAAACAACAAAUACUUGGAUUUUACGUUUGGAUGGUGUGGACUUUAGAGUUGUUUUGGAGAAAGAUACUAUGGAUGUCUGGUGCAAUGGUAAAAAAAUGGAGACAGCAGGUGAGUUUGUAGAUGACGGAACUGAAACUCACUUCAGUAUUGGUAAUCAUGAAUGUUAUAUAAAGGCUGUCAGUAGUGGAAAGCGAAGAGAAGGGAUUAUUCAUACUCUAAUAGUGGAUGAUAAAGAAAUUGCAGAGACUUUGGAGUAACCACCUGUUAAUGAAUUUGAUACUUGCAAAGUAAAAAAAAAUCAGGGAUUUUAAAUUACUGUGGUAAUUUAAUUUGUAUUUCCCCAUAUGUUUAGUCUGUGCUAUUCUUAUUUUGUAGUUACAUGAAAUUAAUGUUCUGUUUGAGGCACAGAGGAAAAAUUGAUUAUGUAUAACCUUAGAUAAUGCAAAUUAUUUUGUAAAUAAUGUAAAAUGUUAUAUAACACUGAGUAAAAGAAAAAAUGUAGACUAAAAUAGCAAGUGCUUUAAAGAGGGGAAUUUUUACUACAAUAAACUAUAAAAUAAAA